GCAGCAACACCGCAGCCCCAGUGCACAGCACAGCCCGCACAACACACCAGAAACCUCACCAGACCCCGCUGCUGCCGAGCUGAGAUGGAAACCAUGCACGAGCUGAUCCCCUUCGCCAAGGAGAUGCUGAGCCAGAAGCCCAACAGGAAGAUGGUCAAGCUGUACAUGCUGGGCAGCGUGCUGGCCUUCUUCGGGGUGGUCAUCGGCCUGGUGGAGACCGUGUGCAGCCCCUUCAGCUCCCAGCCCAGCCUGGAGGACGAGGAGGACAAGAACAAGGCCGGGGCAGCCCGGGAGCAGCAGCAAAGGGAGGAUUUGGUGCUGGCCAAGGGCAAGGCACAGCCGGCGCUGCAGAGGGCCCUGGUGACCCGGCAGCACGCGUCCUAGGCUGAUCUGCACACAGAGACUCCACCAGGGGGGUUCCAGCACGCAGGGAAGGCUCGGCCCGAGGAGGCUGCACGUCUGACACCCGCCACAAGCGAAGGGCUUUAUUUGCUGCUGUGCAGCAGUGGGGAAAAAUACCUUUUGUUGGUAUAAACCUGUGCGCCAUGCACAGCGUGGUUUCUUAUUUUUCAUACGGACGCGUUUUACACCAUUUUGCAAGAUCAAUAAAUAUUUUAUAUGGUACUCGUGUUCU